GCAUCGAGAUCCUGCGAACACAGCGAUCGGCGAGCAUCUGCUGUUUACCCUCAUCCUCUGUAUAUCAACAUCGUUCUAUUCGUUUGUCUUGCUGGUUCAACAUGGUCGACAGCAAGAUCCCCCAGCCGGGACCAGCGAAACUCAAGCGCAAUGCUGGUCCUGACCAGUGGCUGGAGGCAGCCAAAGACUGCAAAUACCUGUCGGAGUCACAUAUGAAACAGCUCUGUGAAAUUGUCAAGGAGUACAUGAUGGAAGAGUCAAAUAUACAGCCCGUGUCCACUCCCGUGACGGUCUGCGGAGAUAUCCACGGCCAGUUCUACGACCUCCUCGAGCUAUUCCGCGUCUCGGGAGGAAUGCCCGACCAAGAUUAUACCGAGCCUCCGAAGUCCUCACCCACAGUAAUCACCUCCGACGACAUUGAGCCUCCGAGUAGCAUCACCGACCCGAAACUGCGGAAGAAGCUGAGAAAUGAUGGCGGCGAUGAUGAUGACGAGACAGAAUCCAAUGGUAGCCAGGGAGAACAGUCUUCCAAUGCCGGGACGGGGGAAUUGGCAUUGAACCGCAAUUUCGUCUUCCUGGGUGAUUACGUGGAUCGGGGGUAUUUCAGCUUGGAGACGUUGACCCUCUUAUUAUGCUUGAAGGCAAAAUUCCCAGACCGCGUCACGCUGGUGCGGGGAAACCACGAGUCUCGCCAGAUCACCCAGGUCUACGGUUUCUACGAGGAGUGUUUCCAGAAAUACGGGAACGCAUCUGUGUGGAAGGCGUGCUGCCAGGUCUUUGACUUUAUGACGCUAGGUGCCAUCGUUGAUGGCCGGGUGCUGUGUGUGCACGGCGGGUUGAGUCCCGAGAUUAGGACGCUGGACCAGGUGCGCGUGGUGGCCCGCGCCCAGGAGAUUCCCCACGAAGGGGCGUUUUGCGAUCUGGUGUGGUCGGAUCCCGAUGAUGUGGAGACGUGGGCAGUCAGCCCUAGAGGAGCGGGCUGGCUAUUCGGCGACAAAGUGGCCGACGAGUUCUGCCACGUUAACGACCUGACGCUCAUCGCACGGGCCCACCAACUGGUCAACGAAGGCUACAAGUACCACUUCAACAACCAAAACGUAGUGACAGUGUGGAGCGCGCCGAACUACUGCUACCGGUGCGGCAAUCUGGCAUCCGUCUGUGAGGUCAACGAGGACCUCAAGCCGACGUUCAAGCUGUUCAGCGCGGUGGCGGAUGACCAACGACAUGUGCCCACGUCGCGGCCGGGCCGCAGCGAGUACUUUUUGUAAAAUACCCGGAUGGUUCUGUUUAGUCUUGCGUGCUGUUGGAGGGUGGGGCGUGGGGGUUCUUGCACCAGCGCUGGCGUUGG